GCCGCCGCCGCCGCCGUCGCCAUGUCUGAUGAUCAGCGCUUUUCCAAGGCCGCGACCGAUCUCCGGUUUCGCAAGGCCCCUCGCAAGGUGACCAAGAUUCAGGUUGAUUCCCGCUUCAAGGGCAUGUUCGAGGACGACCGCUUCGCCACCAUCGCCUCGGUCGAUCGCUAUGGACGCCCCGUGGCGGAGUCCAAGAAGAAGCGCGCCGUCAGCGACCUCCAUCGGUUCUACGAGCUGGACAAGGAGGCAUCCGACGCCAACUCCAGCGACCAGGCCUCCGACAGUGAGGCCGAGGCGGAGGAGGACGAGCAGGCCGGCAAUAAGCAGGCUGAUGCCGCCUCAUCCGAUGAGGACACCCCUGCCCCGAGUCGGCCCAAGGUGUCCGGCUAUGAUCUGGCCCGUGGUCUGGUCACGGUGGAGUCCUCCGAUGAGGAGGACGCCGGCGAGGCAGACGACUCCGAUGCUGAGGGUACCGAUGCCGACGCUGAUGAGGAGGAGCUCGACGCCGCUGUGGUUUUGGAUCGUGUCGAUGUCCCGAUUGGUGAUGCCACUCGGCGCUUUGCCUGCGUCAACAUGGACUGGGACAAGAUCAAGGCCGUCCAUCUCCUGAAGCUCUUCCAGUCGUUCGUGCCAACCGGCGGGUCGAUCAUCUCGGUGACCAUCUUCCCCUCGGAGUUCGGCAAAGAGCGUCUGGCCUAUGAGGCCCAGUACGGCCCGCCGCGCGAGCUCUUCACCAGUCCGAACAUCGAUGAGAAGGAGCUCCGUGAGGCCGAGGAGCUCGGCCUGACCCAGGAAGAUCUGGAGCAUGAGCGCAUGCUGGAAACCCUGGCCCAGCGGAAGCACCACCUGCACGCGCGCGACCUGGACACCGGCGAGGAGGGCCAGGUGGCCGAUCCGCGCCUGAUCAAGUACCAGCUGGAGCGCCUGCGCUACUACUACGCCGUGGUCGAGUGCGACAGCGUGCGCACCGCCAUGGAGGUCUUCGCCGGGUGCAAUGACAUCGAGUUCGAGGACUCCGGCAACCUGGUGGACCUGCGCUACAUCCCGGAUGACAUGGACUUCGAGGAUGAGCCCCACGACUUUGCCGACUCUCUGCCCAGCAACUACAUGCCGACCACCUUCCACACCAAUGCUCUGAGCCACUCGACGGUCCGCCUCACCUGGGAUGAGGAUGACCACUCCAAGAAGGCUGUCCUGCGUCGCCGGCUGGAUGAGAAGGACCUCGAUGACAUCGACAUCUCGGCAUAUCUGGCGUCCGAUUCGGACGACAGCAGUGAUGACGAGCAGCCUGGCGAGAAGGCCCCCUCGCGGUCGAUUGACAUGGCCGACGACGAGAAUGACGAGAUCAUUGACAAGAGCCAGCGCAAGAAGUAUUCCUCCCUGCUGAAGGAGAUCUCUCUGGAGAACAAUCCCGACCAGGAGAUGGAGAUCACGUUUAACACCGAACUUGAUGACAAGGUUGAUCGCCUUGUCAAGGAGCGUAAGAAGAAGAAUCAAAAUGCCGACAAAACCGUGUGGGAGGCCUACCUCGACCGGCGCAAGGAGAAGCGCAAGGAGCGUCGCAAGCUUCUUCGCCAGGGUGCCAGCGCCGGGUCCGACUCGGAGGAUGCCGGGUCCGAUGCCGAGGACCCCGAGGCCGCUGCCGAGGCCGCCCUCCAGCUCCAGCUUAAGCUCAAGCAGAAGAAGAAGAAGAGUGCCUUCGGGUCUCUGGGCGGUGGCUUCUUCGAUGAUGCCGCUGCUGCUGGUGAUGACAAGCAGACCGAGGCCGCGGCCGACAUGGCCAAGCAAGCCGACCCCUUCCUGGCGGUGCAGGAGCCCACCGCCGGGUCCUCGCGCGCGGAGCAGCGCCGUGCCAAGCAGGAGGCCAAGCAGCGCGAGGCCGACGAGCUGGCUCUCAUGAUGGUCGGCGACGGGACCAUCAGCAAGCAGAAGCACUUCGACUUGCGGGAGAUCCACCGCGCUGAGCGCCUGGCCGGGCGCAAGAAGCUCAGCUCCAAGGACCGGGCCCGGGUGGAGGAGGUCCAGUCGGCCGAGGCCGGCGAGGACGCCUUCAAGUUCAACCCCAAGGAUGAUCGCUUCACGUCCAUGUUCGACUCGCACAAGUUCGCCAUCGAUCCCUCCUCGCCGCACUUCAAGCGCACCUCGGCCAUGGAUGCCCUUAUUGCCGAGCGCCAGAGUCGCAUUCGCAAGCGCGAGGCCCAGGAGGACCAGGCCCGUGCCGCCAGCAAGGGCGCCGCCGCUGCCGCCGCCGCCACCUCUGCCUCCUCCUCCUCCUCCACCUCGACCGGCACCUCGGACAGCCUGUCCCAGGACACCGUGGACAUCUCCAGCAUGGUGGAACGCCUGAAGCGCAAGGCCGGCUCCGGCAAGGGCCCGGCCGGCAAGCGGUCCCGCCUCUGAGAGGCCGAGCAAAGGGGCGGCGAAAUCUCCGCUCGUCUCUCCUCCCCUCUCUCCUCCCCCGUGCCCCCUCUUCCUGUGCUCCCUACUCUUGCUCUCCCCUGCUCUGUGCCUCUCUCAUUGUCCAGGAAGACGCACUGGAAGAGCCCCUCCCCUAUCUCUGUCCCUCUGUGGCAUGGGGGGAUGCUUCCCAGAAAAACCAAUAUCACAUAGACCACACACACGCACA